UGGGAGAGGAGCCGCAACUUUUGCAGAAGGGGGAGUGUGUGCGAUCCAGCGACAUCUCUGGGUCCCUGCUCUUGCAGGGGGAGGGGAGGGGAAAGAGCCGGAGAAAGAGCCCUGGUUGGGGAGAAAGGCAGGAGAAGGGAAGAAAGGGAGCGAGAGAGAGAAAGGAAAGGGGCUGGGAAGGAAGCCUUUGCAGGCGCGCUCGCUCUCGCUGUCUCUCACUCCCGCGAUGGUGCAGCAAGCGGAGAGCCCCGAAGCGGAGGGCAGCCUGCCAAGCCGGGAGGCGAUGGAGACGGAGGAAGGGGACUUCCUGGCCUGCAGCCCCGUGGCGCUGGACGAGAGCGACCCGGACUGGUGCAAGACCGCUUCGGGCCACAUCAAGCGCCCCAUGAACGCCUUCAUGGUGUGGUCCAAGAUCGAGCGGCGCAAGAUCAUGGAGCAGUCGCCGGACAUGCACAACGCGGAGAUCUCCAAGCGCCUGGGCAAGCGCUGGAAAAUGCUCAAGGACAGCGAGAAGAUCCCCUUCAUCCGCGAAGCCGAGCGCCUCCGCCUCAAGCACAUGGCCGACUACCCGGACUACAAGUACCGACCGAGGAAAAAGCCCAAGAUCGACCCUUCCUCGGCCAAGCCCAGCCCGGAGAAAAACGCCAGCGGGAACGGCAACAGCGGAGGCGGCGGCGGAGGCGGCAAGGGCGCGAAGAGCAAUGCCAAGAAGUGCAGCAAAGGGAAAACCUCCUCCUCGUCGUCCUCAUCUCCUCCUAAAGCCGGGACGAAGCUGGCACCUCAGCCUGGAGGAGACUACGGGGGUGAGGACUACUUCGUGGCCCUCAAAGCGGGCGGCAAAGCUGUCAAGUGCGUCUUCAUGGACGAGGAGGACGAUGAUGAAGAGGAGGAGGACGACCUGCAGCUGCGGAUCAAGCAGGAGGAGGACGACGAGGAGGAGGACGAGGAGCCGCUCCACCACCACCAUCACCAGCAGCAGCUGAGGCGCUACAACGUGGCCAAAGUGCCCGCCAGCCCGACCCUGAGCUCCUCCGCGGAGUCCACCGAAGGCGCCAGUUUGUACGAGGAGGCGCACGGAGCGCACGCCAGCCGGCUCUAUUACGGCUUCAAGAGCAUGCCCAAGAGCGCCCCGCAGCCGCCCAGCCUGUCCCCGGCGUCCUCCCGGUCCGUCUCCACCUCCUCCUCCUCCUCUUCCAGCAGCGAGGAGGCGGACGACCUGCUGUUCGACCUGAGCUUGAAUUUCUCCCAGCACGCCCAGGCAGCCUCCGAGCUGGGAGGCGGCUCGGCUUCGGGGAACCUGUCCCUCUCCCUGGUGGACAAGGACCUGGAUUCCUUCAGCGAGGGCAGCCUGGGCUCCCACUUCGAGUUCCCCGAUUACUGCACCCCGGAGUUGAGCGAGAUGAUCGCCGGAGACUGGCUGGAGGCCAACUUUUCCGACCUGGUCUUCACUUACUGAGUGAGGAUGGAAAGGAGCAGAGGCAGAAGAGGGGCGUGACAGGAGAAGGAGAGAGAGAGAGAAAGGAGGAAAAAGGACGUGGAAAAAAGGAGAAAAAAAAUAUCAAGGAAAAACGAUGCUUAUCAAAGAAUAACGGUGGAGUUGUUGAAGUGAAGUCAUGAUCAAAAAUGUAUUGGGCUUUCUAUUUUUUCCUCAUUUUUUAAAGUUCCCAAUCGAGUCCGGAGUUGUGAUAUUAUAUAUAUUACUUUUUUGUGUUCCUUCUUUUUUUUCCCCUUUUCCUCUCUUCUGAUUUUGUAAUUGUUUUUUUUUCCCUUUUCAAUUAAUUGGAGAUCACAACAGCAGCAAGCAUUGCAAGGAGGAAAACAAACAAACAAAAAAGGCAAAUGGGACUGGGGCUUCAAAAGAGGGACAAGAAGGCGCUUAGGCGGCUGAGGGGGAAAAGGAAAGGGCCUGAGGCUGUGAGGAAUGGUGGGAGUUGGAGUCCAAAACACCUGGAGGGCCCAACUUCGCCCAGGCCUGAUGUAGUGCCCAGUUGCUUCAGAGUUACUAUUAAAAGAGUUUUAUUCCACACAACAGCAGCCAGCAUUGCAAGAAGGAACACAAACAAACAAACAAAAAAAGGCAAAUGGGACUGGGGCUUCAGAAGAGAUAUAAGGCGCUUGUUUUGUUUUGUGAAGCUUUUGGGUCUUGUGAUCGAAGUCUGGAAGAAGAAGAUGGUCUGCAGAAAUGAGAAGAAAAGAAGAAGAAGUCUUUUGGCAGCACAACUGUUACUCAAGGGGGUUUGUGGAUUUUUCUCUCUUUAUUUUCACAAAAGUUUUUUUUAAUGGACCGUUCUUUCUAGGGUUUUUUUUUCUAAAUAAAAGGGACCAUUGCAACUGUUUAUUUUUGUUGGUUUGGAGGGAGAAAACUGAUGUCUUCUAUGCAUCCGAUUCUUAACAAAGCUGCAGGGAGCUUGACAUAAAAUAAAAUGCAGACUGUGCAAACGCUUACAAAAAAAACUGUGAACUGACAAGAUCAGAGUUUACUUUUCAGAUCAAAUUGUUUAUGGUUUUACAAAUGUGAUUUCUACUUGCCAACUUUUUUUGUUUUGUAACUUGUUCCCUUAUACCUCCUUGAUUGAAUACCAGACAGCCUAGACCUCAGUACACAAAGGUAUUGAAACAUUUUUGAUACAUAACAGACCUCAGUCUUUUUUAAAAAUUAAUAUAUUUUCAGGCGUAUUUUUGUACAGUGAAAGGGAACAUUCUUGCUGUGUUUUUUCAGUAAGACUUUUCAGGCACUUCUUCCCUUUUAUUUUUAUUUUUUUGUAUUAUUUUUAUUUUCUCCUUGUUUUUAGCAUGCAAGUUAUAUAUGGGUACGUUUAUGUCCUGGUUUUCAAAGGAUUUAAGAAAAAGAAUCCUUGCAUCUAAAGGCCUUGUGGUUUAAAAAAGAAAAAAGAAAACAAAACACUUUUUUGUACAGUUCUAGUUCAGAUUUGUUCAAUAUUUGUAGGUAAAGAUUUAUUGAAAAUGGUGAUAUAGACCUCAGAGCUGUUAUCUUAGUUUAAAAGAUUGUAUAUGUACUGUACUAUAGUAGGAAUUUAUGUAUCUCAUACGCUGUGAUAUGUGGAUGGGGGCCCAGAUGGAAGGUAUGAAACUGGAUUCUCAACUUUUCUUUAAUUGAAAAAAAAGAUAUGAAAUGGGGGGGGAAAGAAAGGCACAUAGUAAAAGAAGAAAAAGGUUCUCAUUUUGUGCAAUAUAAUUCUGAAAAGUACAGAUCAUUUGCAUAUUUUGUAGCAAACGAUGGCAAGGGGGAGAAAAACAGACUUGUGCACUGUCAACAUCAUUGCCUGUUGUUGGGGUUUUUUUUAAAAAAAAAGAAAAGAAAAUGCCAAAAGUCUGUAGCUUGACAAAUUUUUUUUUUUUUUAAAAAAAAUCAGCUGGAACUGAUAGAAACUUGAUUUGCUCUUAAGUGUCUGUAGAGAAGAAACGCCAUUGGGUUUGCAACCUUCGCUGAGGGGCUGAAUGGAGGAGGGGAAAAUAGGAGACUUGGAGGCAGAACAGACAGAGGCCCCUUCCACACAGCUGAAUAAAAUCUCACAUUUUCAGCUUUGAACUGGAUUAUAUGGCAGUGUGGACUCAGUAAAACCAGUUCAAAGCAGAUAUUGUGAAAUAUUCUGUCUUGAUAUUCUGGGUAAUAUGGCUGUGUGGAAAGGCCCUCAAAAGGGCUGACCCUCUCUUUUCCUAGCUCUUUCCCUCCUUUUUCUGUCCCUCUCUCUCUCCCAUUUUUCAAGUAUGUUCUCUCGUCCCCUUCAGCUUCUGCCCUUUCCACACAGUUGAAUAAAAUCCCACAUUUUCUGCUUUGAACUGGAAUAAAUGUCAGUGUGGACUGAGAUAACACAAUUCAAAGUAGAUAUUGUGAGAUUUUCUGCCUUGAUAUUCUGGAAUAUAGGGCUGUGUGGAAGGGCCCUUCAUCUGAGGUGAAUUUUAGAAGGGGAAAAAUGGCGUGAGGGCUUGGGACAGGCUUCCUGUGUUAUCUGGGCUCCUUCCACACAGCUGAAUAAAAUCCCACAUUCUCUGCUUUGAACUGGGAUAUAGAGCAGUGUGGACUCAGAUAUUCUAAUUCAAAGCGGAGAUUGUGGAAUUUUCUGCCUCAAUAUUCUGGGUUAUAUGACUGUGUGGAAGGCUUUAAGAAUGAAUCCAGUUUGACACCAUUUGCAAUUGCUAGGGAGUCCUGUGACUUGUAGUUCCAGGAGGCUUUGGGUCCUCUCUGUCCAAAAGGGCCUCUGCCUCGCCAAACUACAACUCAAUGAAGCUAUGGCAGUCUUAAGCAUUUGUUCUGCAGUUGUGAGGUACCCAAGGGCCAGCGAGGGAUGCUGGCGCGGAGGCAUCAGCACUAAAGACAGAAGGCUCCAGCUCCCUGUACUGGGGCUUGGACGAUGGGAAAGCAGGCAAUUAUCAUGGGGAAGUCUUGUGUUUCUGGGCCCUGACAGAAUAUAUACUUGUGUGUGUGUGUGUGUGUGUGUGUAUGAGAGAGAGAGAGGGGGGGGGGGGCCUUCCACUCAGCCAUAUAACCCAGAACAUCAAGGCAGAAAAUCCCACAUUAUCUGCUUUGAACUGGGAUACAUGGCAGUGUGGACUCAGAUAAACCAGUUCAAAGCAGAUAUUGUGAAAUGUUCUGUCUUGAUAUUCUGGGCAAUAUGGCUGUGUGGAAAGGCCCUCAGAAGGACUGACCCUCUCUUUUCCUAGCUCUUUCCCUCCUUUUUCUGUCCCCCCUCUCUCCCAUUUUUCAGUUAUGUUCUCUUGGCCCCUUCAGCUUCCGCCCUUUCCACACAGUUGAAUAAAAUCCCACAUUUUCUGCUUUUAACUGGGAUAUAUGUCUCUGUGGUCUCAGAUAACACAAUUCAACGCAGAUAUUGUAGAUUAUUCUGCCUUUAUAUUCUGGGUUAUAUGGCUGUGUGGAAGGGCCCAGAAAGAUAGAGAGCUGUGCACGCGCGGGUGGGUGUGUGCUGAGGCGCGCGCCGGGAGAGCGUUGUAUACCCGAGCCUUUCUAUUCUCACUUCCUCUCUCCCUCAGGCACCUUCCACACUGCUGAAUAAAAUCCCACAUUAUCUGCUUUGAACUGGGAUAUAUGGUAGUGUGGACUCAGAUAAGUUCAAAGCAGAUGUUGUGGGAUUUUCUGCCUUGAUAUGGCUGCGUGGAAGGACCCUUAGUCUGUGUGGGAAGGCGACAUGGCUGUGUAGAUCUCUGCAUGUGUGUGUGUGUGUGUAUCAGAGGGAGCGAAAUGGGCGCGAAGGGGGUGUGUCUUGACCAUGUGUGGCGGCGCGCUCAAUAAGCGGGAGGAGGGGGGAGGCAGCACUAUUACACGAGAGUCAACUGUAGCCUGGAAUCCCUUCAGAUAGUUCGAUAACGUGAUGCUUUGGAGACAGUAUAUUUGAAUUAGGAGGAUGUUGUUUGCAUCUUGAGUUGGGGGGAUGAGAAAAGCGCACAGCAUCGGCUCCUUUCCGAGCUGUAGCUGAGUCCGCUCUUUCUUUCUCAUCUUUGGAGAGGAUGCGGGUCACGUCGUGAACGCGCGCGCUCGGGAGGGAGGGGGCGGCGGCGGCGGCUCGUGCAGUGUGUGUGUGUGUGUGUGUGUGUGUGCGCGCGCGCGCGCAUGGGGUUGCAAGGAUGCUGGGCGCGCGGACCGCCCUGGGAACAUCCCUCCAUCUGCGCGCCCUUCCCCCUCCGUCUGCCUCUGAAGGGAGGGAGGGAGCUUUUUUCUCUUCAGCGGGAAGAGGGCUGCGAUGUUGAUGCCUUUCCCCCUCAUUUAUCACCCUCUCCCUCCCACCUUCCCCUCUAACAGCCUGGUUUCUUUACUCUGUUGGUUGGAAUGUGUUGCUUUCUAGUGUGGUACCACCAUCGCCGCCUUUCCCCUUCGCCCUCCUUCCUCUUUUUAAAUGUAGUUUUUACAUGUACUGUAAAGCACUCCAGGGCAGCAGCCACAGCAGUGGGUUGUUUUUUCUUCCCUUCUGUGGCUCUGCUUUCUCAGCCUGGAGUCGCCGAAGGUGCUCUGGAGAGAGAGAGGGGCCCCUUCCACACAGCUGAAUAAAACCCCACAUUAUCUGCUUUGAACUGGGAUAUAGGACAGUUUGGACUCAGAUUUCAAAGCAGAUAUUGUGGUUCAUUCUGCCUUGAUGUUCUGGGUGAUAUGGCUGUGUGGAGGGGCCCAGAGAGGGGGGGGGGGGGGUUGCGCCUUCUUUGCCUUAUUCAGGCGCCCCUUGCUCCUCCCUCAGCACCAGAGCCACUUGGCCAAUGAGAGAUGCUCCGGUUCCCUUUUCCUUACUGAGGCCUGGGCCCCAGAAAUGAGCUGCAUUAGGGACAGGGCAGCUGAGCUUCUGCUGCAGUUAUUUUUUAUUUUAAUAAGCCAAAAUGUGCUCUUUUACAAAAACUAAAUGUGAUCCCAUUUCAGUCUUACCCAUUUGGGGUGGGGAGCUGAUGAAGGUUGUAAGUAGACUUAGGCACAACUGUGGAGGGCCAUCCAUUUGUUUUGGUUCCCUUAUAAAUCAGGUGUAGAGUCAUCAGUCCAGUGGAUAAACUACUUUCUUGGCCAUUCUAAUCUUGAUUACUCUUGAUUCAGGAGGAUUCGGGACUAAAUCCCAUUGAUUUUUUUUUAAGCAAGUCUAGAAAUGUGUUGUUGAAGGCUUUCAUGGCGAAAAUAACUGGGUUGCUGUGAGUUUUCUGGGCUGUAUGGCCAUGUUCCAGAACCAUUCUCUCCUGACAUUUCACCCACAUCUAUGGCAGACAACCUCUAAGGUGAGGGGAACAUAUGUAUGGCCAUGUUCCAGAACAAUGAUUCUGGAACAUGGCCAUACAUUCCAGAAAACUCACAGCAACCCAAGUCUAGAAAUGUCCAGAGAAAUUUAUGCAAGAGUCAGCAUUAUUCUCCUUGCUUGAAGGUAAAGCUUGAUCGAAUCAAUUGAAUUUACUUUUGUGUCAGCCUAAUUUUGAUCAGGUUGCUUGUUGUUUAGAAGGACAGUUCACAUGGAGAUUCACAGUAUAGACUGGCUGAGGGAAAGCAUUCAGCAUUGCUUAUUUACAUGACAGAAGUAAAAUAAAACACUUAACAUCCAAUUUGUUUGAUCAUGUUAUAAUCUGUGGAAUUUGAGAUGUGAGAGAUCAGUUUUUAGAUUGGUUGAUGAACAUUGUUUGCAAAAAGCGUAUCUUCAAAUUAAGUCCUACUCAUUAUUCUUUUUAAAGAACUGCUUGGUUUAAAGCUUUUUCUGGAUUAAAAGAUUACAGCAUACUUCAAAACUUUUGGGUUGUAUCUUGCAUUAUGUUAAGCCUUUAUGUUAAGCCUCUAUGAGAAAUUAUGGUUGGGUUUAGGACAAAACCUAAUCCAUAGUCAGUCAAUAUAAGAUUUUUGAAUUGGCAGUUCUGGUCAUUUAAAUUAAUGUCUUACUGAUCUACAAUUAUUUUUAUGUGUUUAUAAAAAAGAGCAAUUAAUUGUCAGGGAAAGAGAACAAAAGAGACUUAAGUUUCUGCUGCAGUUUACAGUGCAUUCACAAAUGUGCUCACUCAGAAAUAACACCUACACAUUUCUAUGGGGUUUAAUCCAGUUUCCCACCUGAGAUGUUUUAUUAGACUUUGUGGGUUCCAUCAUCCUCAGUAUCUUUGCUGAAUAUUGUAGUCAAGACAUCUCAAGGGUAAAGUGUGACCUAUUAGAUGUGCAAAGAGUUGCAGCAUUAAGUUUAUGGACUGAAUAUAUUCAAAUUUCAGUUGAGCCCAAGCCAAGCCAAAAUGUUUUCAUUCUCCCAAAACUUCUGUCAUGUAUUCAGCCUUGCUUCUAAAUGUGAUCUCAGAGUGGAUUGAAUGUGUUCAGGUGUUGCUGAUUUAGUUAUAUAUUGAUUGCGUUUAUUACAGGGUAGCCUGGACUCCUGAUAGGAAUAAUGUUUAAAAUGUCAUUCUCUUUUUCUCUCUCAUUAUAUGUAAUGAGAGAAAUGCCUGAUUCUCUGUAUGUAAUUUAUCUAGAUAAGGAAAUGUUUAGGUUGAACAGUGAACCUACAUUUUUGGUGGCAUGGAGUGGGUAUUCAAAAUUCCAAAUAAUAUUUCCAAAAGAAGUUGUAAAAUUAUUGCUUACAUUUGUUUUGGGGAAAAGAAUGACAAAAUAUUGUGUAAGGUGCAAUAUACAAGGAAGGGGAACAAAUUUCAUUUGGAUGGUUUUUUUCCAAUUUAUAAUAAUAAUAAUAAUAAUAAUAACAAUAAUAAUUCAUUUCAUUUAAACUACUGUACAGUUUUUCUCUGCCAUUGAAAUUGAUGCCAAAAUAUCUACUAACAGUGGGAGAGAAGCAAUGCCUUAGGUCACUGAAAAUUUUCAUUGGCAGUUUCCUUUCCAGUUCUUGGAGCUGUAAUUCUAAAUAUACUUAUUAGGGAGUAAUACUCAAUUAACUUGUGGGACUUACUUCUAAGUGAUAUGCUUAUGAUGGCAUCUUAUGUUUAUGACAACUUCUUCCUUGUAAAUGUGCCUGAAUUCUUUUUUUCCAGACUGCUGUCCUGUAAAAUAGGUUUACUUCCCCUUGUUGAACCUCUGUCUUCUUCCCAUUCUUCCUUUUUAAAGAGUUCCUCAGCACAUUUCUUACUUUUGAGUGAGGGGAUGCAUUGUUGAAGUGCAUAAAAUAAAAUGUUUUAAUGAUUGUCAGCUUUUUAAUAUAUGAAAAUAUCCUGAACUUGCACAGGAUUCCAUUUCAAAAAGCAACCUAAGAUAGUUAAAGACACUUUUUGGAAGGUGAAAUCCAGUUUAUAUCUUUCCUUCUGGCUACUUCCUCUCUAAUGUUAGAAGAUCUAAUUCUCACAAAAAUGUUUAAUUCUUUAAGGGCAAUAUAUAUGACAGAUUAAAUAGAAAGAUUGAUUAAAAUGUCUUUUAAAAGUGUAUUUACUCUAAAUAUAGAUGUCCAUACAUGCAAAAGGUAACUUUUUCCUAGUGUAGUAUCUAUAGAAAGUGAUUUGAACCUAUGAGGCCUUAAUGGCCAUUCAUACCAAUGUACAUUGGUUUAAAAGUGUAGUUACAUGAAUCUAUUGAAUGUGAAAUCAGACACCACAGACUUAUAUUGGUCUUUAGUAGUCUCAGAAGUCUCCUUGUUCUAUAUCUCCACCUUUGUCACACAUCCCUAUUCUGUGGCCUGGUAAGAUCCUCAUCCUGCACUUCUUAGAAAAAUAAAAACACCUUUGUUUGAAUUUGAUUUGUAGUUUUCAACAUUUUAAAAAUGUGGACCUUGAUUCUCCAAUAGGUUGAAAACUUGGUUGUUUCUCACAGCCCCACCCCUUAAUCUUCAGUAGUUACAGGAACUAAGGAGAAAUUCCUUCCAUUCAUCUAUCCUUGUAUUUCACCAAACUGUAGAUACCGGAUCUUUUUUAUCUUCCCUCCCACACCAGUCGUGGGCAUUCCUCUCCCACUUCCUCCCCACACACUACCUAUAGCAAUUAACUGCCUACUUGAUUUUUACCCUCCCUUCAUGGAUGCAGUGAAUUUUUAAGAGAAUUUCACAAGCAAGUAGUUUUUUAGUGAGUUUAAAAGUAAACAGAGUUUUAAAAGCCUAUUUUUAUAUUCAGUAUAAAGCACAAAUGUGCAGAAAGUGUAGAAUGACUUACAAAAAGGGAAGUAAAAGUCCAUAAUAUUUCAUGUAUAGAAGUAAUACCUGAAUUGGGUAUUGAUCCUCCUAAAAAGACCCAAUAGUGAUGCCAGUGCAGAGCUAGGAUCAUUGCAAUGUCUCCUAGGAAAUUAUGAUGAACAGCAAUUUCGCAGGAAUGACUUCUAUGAAUAAAAGCAGCCCCUAAAUCACUUGGCCAAUACGGGGGUUGGUGGUUCUCAAGGAUGCACAGACAACCUGGAAAUAUGAAAAUGGAGUUCCCUGUCUUCAUUACAUCAUCAUACACACCUCUUGGUUUGUUUUUGUUAGAGUGCUUUUCUAUACUGAGAUAUUUCACAGAUGUGUAAGAGGGAUAUUCUAAAUGGACUCUUUACUUAAUUGUGCUUUCAAGAAAUCAGGAUGUACCGAUUUAUUAUUCUUACUUGGCAGUAGGUCCCAUUAAUUUCAAUGGAACUUCUAAGUACCUCAAUGGGAGUAGACUCUCUGCUCUCUUUUCAACAAAGGUUGGGAUUUGCAUUCAUAAUAUUUUAUCUUUCAGGGGUGAAAUUUGAUGAUGUUAUAAAUUCUAUCCCAGGAACUCCAUUCUCACUGUUUCAUUCCAUAAUUCUGCAUAAAUUAUCUUCACACCCAGCAUGCCUCAACUCCUGGUUAGCCCAGGAAAUACACCUUAGCACCAUUGCUGCUUCUUUUGCAACUUCUGGAUUUUUAUCUUGUACAUACAUUGGAAGUUUGGAGUCAACAUAAUGCUUUGCCUUUCUUUUUAUUUCUUUUUUUUUUCCUGGUGGGCUGUUUUAAGUUUGGAGGCCAAUUGUACCAGUGUGGGAAUCUUGAUGGUUACAACAUUUAUGAGAUGAUGCAUGAUGGCCACAGGUGGAGUAAAUUGAAUGCCUUUUAGAACAGGUUUGUUUCCAGCAUGACACUUUUUAAAAGAUGUGUAACUGCAAAAUAAGGGGGGAAAAGAGUUUUCAAAGGCCACAUGAAAUGUAGUUUUUUCAUAGCUGCUCCAUACCUGGGGAGGGAGGAACGCUGAAAAGUACUUUGAUUAGAAGUCUGAAUGAUGGUGGUGUUGGGGGGGGAGGGGAGACCUUCUUAAAGGUUUUUGCAUGCCAGUGCACGGGCCUAUUGCUGUAAGAAGGGGGGAAGGACGAGUAAGGUUUGCUUGAGGCAAUGCACUGGAGGACAAAAAGUAUUUUCUAGCACUAGGAAAAAAAGAAAAUGCAUGGCAGAGUUUUGUCUUCUAGUAGACUAUAUAGCAUGCAGAGUUUAGUAUGUGUCAAAACAGUGUAUGACAUUGCUGUAUCAAAGUUGUAAAGUUAAGCAUUAUUUAUUGAAAACUAUGUAUUUUUUUUGUAAAAACCUGAUCACCUAGAGGAUUAAUAUCAUUUACUUGUGCUAGUGCUACAUUCUUAACCAGCUUCUUAACUACAGUACUUGAUAUGCAGUGUUAAAUGCUCAGGGUUGAAAAAAACAGUCCACUCCAAUGUCUCUUCUCUCUUUUUCUUUUUUUCACCAUUGGCAAAAGAAUUCAAAUAAAGGAAUCACUUGAUACAAUUGCUCACAAGAUUGUAAUAAAACUGUGUGAUCAAUCUUUAUAUGUGUUUUUAUGUGGAUUUUUCCCCUCAGCCAGUUCCAUAUUUUAUGUAUAUAAGAAAGGGCUCUGCUCUACAUCUUGUGGGGCAACCAGAUUUGUUCCAGAAAUAUUAUGUCUUUCCAUGUAAACAUGGCUCAUGGCUCUGACCAGAAUUGCUUGAGCAUAGCGCUAUUCUGUGUCCAUCUAUGACGCCCUGGAAACAAGGCAAAUAUAAUUUCUUUUUCCUGCUUUUUGGAGCUUUGGAUAAAACCAAAGCAAAGAAUUACCCUUUGAUUCAUCGUUUUAGAGAAUGUUUUAAAACUGAACAUGAAAUAAAGAAAUAAGAGAAGUUUCUACUCUUGGAUUAAAUACCAGCAAACUCCAUUUCUCUGUAUCUUUUUUCUACAGACAAUUUACACUGUAAAUGUAUUUUGACAUAGAAAUAAAUCAUUCUGUAUUAAGAUUCUUGAUAUGAAAAUGUUUUUAUGAAAAUCUGUAAUUGGAACUAUAAUAUGUUUAUAAAAUGUGUUUAUGUGGUGGAAGUUUGUUGUAUAUUAAAUAUGGUUUUAUAUAAA